AUGCAAACACAAAUAAUAAUUGAUAUAAAUAAUAAUAAUAAUAAUAAUCAUGAUGAUGAUGUUAUUUCAAGAGUAUUCAAGAAUCAUUAUCUAUUGAAAAAGAUAUUGACAGAGAUUCGUGACGAUGUUUGCUUUUUAGGUGCAUAUGUACCUCGAUCGAAAUUGGUUAUCGUCACGAUAAAUGAUACACAUCGUCAACGAACCAUUAGAAUGGUGUCAAACAAGAGAUACAAACAUUUGGAACAUGAUUUGCAAUGGGUCAUUACAAAUCGUCACUUUGCACUACUCAAAGAUAUCCUCCUCCUGCGACGACGAAAUCAUCAUCUUUUGAAAUCACUAGCACACGAUGAUGAUGAAAUAUCAUCUUAUUGUGUAAUAUCAUCUGCAAUCAUUGACGAUCCUGUAGUAUUUGAUUUACUUGUCAAUUCAUACCCUCAAUGUUUUAGAGAGCAUUUGGGACACGGUGGAGUGGGCAAGCAUUUGACUCUAUUCAACUACCUCCAAUCUAUGAUUAUUGAACAUGGUAAUAUUCAAGUUUGGUCUUUAUUUCAUAAUCUUAUCAAUAAUACAACUUUAUUUAAUAAGCAUAAUAAUAUCAAUAAUAAUAGUCAAGAUACAACAAAAAAGAAACCAUUUAGAAUAUUUGAAAAUAUAUUUGGUAAAUCUCCUUCCUCUUCUUUAUCCUCUUCUUCAUCCUCUUCUACAUCAUCCUCUUCAUCAUCAUUAUCACAACAAAAAACAAUUAUUCAUAAAAUACAAUCAAUGGGAGAAAGAUUUACAAAAGAGAUUAUUAUAACAUGUAUACAAUAUGGUCGGAAAGAUAUACUAUUCCAUAUACUUGAUGAUAUUGGAGAUUGGUUAUCCGAUUAUAUAAAAGAGAGUAAAGAUAUUAAAGUAUCUCUAGAUCAACUUGGUGAUAUUGUUGAUGAAAAGACUAGACAAGACACUAGAGACAUGAUUGGUGAAUUGGUCAAAAGACUUUCAACACCACGUCUAGUACAACUGCUUAGUGGAGUCACCAACAGAUUUAUUACCAAUUACAUUGAUUGUCUUGUUCCCAUCUACGAAACUGAUAUCAUACAUUUUACAACCAUCUACAUGAAAACCAGUAACCCAUUGGUAAAUAGAACAAAACAUGAUAUUCAUUUACAAUUCGAUGCUUUAAAUCAUAUUAUCAACAAAUAUCAAGAUCAAUUUAAAUUUUCAACCACCAACAUUAAUAAUAUAAUUAAUCCAAUCUUUUCGGGAGACAGAAGUAAUACAACUACUACAACAACUACUAUUUAUCAAGUACUUUGGAUUUAUCAAGUUUAUUAUCAAUUCUAUUUAUCAUUAAAUUUGGAUAUUCAUCCAACCAAAGAUAAUAGAACUUUUGAAAAAGAUUUAAUCAAUUAUUUAAAUAUUCACAAUCAAUUAGAAAUAUUUAAUAAUUUAAAUUUGAUUGAUUAUUUAUUGGAAAGAUGUGGAUUUUCAUAUAUAUGUCAAUAUGGUUGUUUGGAAAUGGUUCAACAAUCAUAUAAACAACUUUUAAAAAAUCCAAGAGCAAAUAAUGAUGAUGAUCGAUUUAAAAUGAAUCUAAAGUCAAAUGAUAUAAAUGUAUUGGAGUUUAUCAUGACUUUGAUCAAUCAAUAUGAUGAUCCAUUUGAUCAAAUGUUGUCUGUUACUUUGGAUGGUCAAAUCAACCUCGACAAUCUAGUCUCUCAAAUGAAUUGGAAAGUUAUUGAAUAUUUGGUAGAGAAUAAUCAAAACCAAUAUUUUACAUUUACAGCAUCAUCAAAUUCUUUAGAUUCAAUAAUGUGGAAUGGUAAAUUUAAAUUAAUCAAUUCACUAUCCAAUUUGGCUCUUUCUCACAUUCAAAGUUUUACAAAUCAAAGAAACUUGGUCAAUUCACUUGAAAUGGCACAUUACUAUCACCAUGAUAGUAUUGUACCUGUACUUGGACAAGACCAUCAACAAAACAUCAAAUUGGUUCAAUAUUACCUACUAAUUGACGAUGCUCGUUUCUUGAACCAACGUUCAGUCUUUUUUAACCGAUUUAGAAAUAUUGUAGAUAUUUCAAUCGCCAGUCGCGAUUAUGAAAUGGUACUACAUCUCUAUCAAUACUUCAAAGACAACCAACUUGGACGAUUCCCAGCAUCAUCAAAACAAAACUAUUUUCAUUUUGAUCUAGAUUUUAUGAUUCAAAAUUUGGAUAUUAAAAUGAUCGAAAUUGCUCUAUCACUAGAGGUGCCACUAUCGAUCAAAUCAGAUACUACAUGGAAAAUAAUUGCAAAAUGGGGAACAAUUGAAUGGAUUAACCAAUUCAAAAAACAUAUUCCAACAAAUCUAAAUUAUUUUGAACUUUCAAAAGGUGCAAUGUUAAAUUUUAAUAUUGAAAAUAGAAAUUCAAUUAUUAAAUAUUGUAACGAUUUAAUUGAAAAUAAUAAUAUUAAUACCAGUAAUAAUAAAAAGAGGAAAUAA